UUAGGACGAGACGCAUGUCUGCCAAAUUUCGACCAAAAUUGACAAAUCAGCCUGGAUUGAACAGUUCAUCGACUAAUUUUAUUUUACCCCCUUUAACACCUCUUCGUGUUAAACCCCGAGUCUUUGCCAAAGCCUUGGCCAAAACCAAUCAUCUAACGUAUCGAAAGCCUACAGAGGCUGCUAUUGACAGUGCACUGUCAAUUAAGGGCGCUGUUCAAACUAAAACGAAACAGACCGUUCCAAAUGUUUUAGAGGGCAGCAAAAUCCUUCAUGACGAACACUGGCUCUACGGUACGUUGGGCGAUGACUGGAGUCAUCCGAAUAAUGUCAGCAGUUACCCGAUAUGGUCUCCACACGGACAUGCUAGCAGAUUCCUUAGCAACGAAGAGUUUCGUUUGGAUUCCUCACUCGUAAUCUGCCGCUUCCAACUGGAUUCGACCUGUUGCCAAAUGGUGCCGUGCCCGUUUCAGCACCUUCCCCAAAAGGAUGCCCGACGUCAAGAAAAGUCAUCUCCAGUGGUCUCCAAAAACACAGCCAGGUUGGCAACGUUGGCCCUUCUGCAGCUCACAUUUUGACAUACCCGGCAGCAGGAGAGUGUUUACUCACAAAUGUUUGCCUUUUUCAAUAGUGUUGAAUCAAGUUGCCGAAUGAGCGUCAAAAAUCGAUCCUUUUUGGCACAAACUAAUUUUUUUUCUUUUCCUAGUUCGGGCCGGGUCGAGUUAUAGCCUUGUUACAAAACUGACAAAAAAAAAAAGAAAAUGAUCCCUGAAAAACAAACACAAGCAAGUUAGUGGCAUGACUCAUGCUCUACUGUGCCAAAGUUCAUGAGUGAGAGCGUAAGUAUAAAAAUUUAUUUUCGUUUUGUCUUCCAUUCGUUGGGUUUGACCGAGGAAAAGAAAAGAAAAAGUUUUGUGAUAAUAUAUUUAGCAACUAAACAUGUCUGCCGAUCAGUGUCGUUCCUUCAGACACUUGUCCAUCCAGAGUGCUAAAAUGAGUUCGUGGCAUCCGAAGAACAGCAUGGAAAGCAGUCAUUAGUACGUCUUUAUUUUUGUCAAACCAGCCUUAAAGCAGCUUCAGUUGCUGCUCAUCGUAUUUCAAGAAAUAUUGUCAUACCUCAUCGGUCAAAUCGUCUGUGUAAUAACUGGAAUGAAGAGGAAAAAAUAAAUGUACAAAGACCUGAUCA